AGAGCACUUAGACACACAGAGGAGUAGUGUUGUGUGAAUGGGAAAGGGGGAAGAGAAGGGCCUCCAUUACCCAACUGAAUCCAUAAAAGAACAACAGCCAGCCAGUCCUGCUGAAGGAUUAGCUCCCUGUCCAUGCUAACAUGGCCCUCCCCUCAGUGAUGGUGUUGCCCCUGCUGAUAGUCUGUGCAGCAGGAGUGUACUACAUCUACAAUGAGGUCAUAAAGUUCAUGUCCAAGACCUUAGUGCGCAACAAAGUCGUGGUGAUAUCUGAUGCUGUGUCAGGAGUGGGAACUGAAUGUGCCCAUCUCUUCCAUAAGGCCGGUGCCAGACUCAUUCUGUGUGGAACUACCUGGGAUAAGCUGGAAUCCCUGUAUGACUCCCUAAUUACUGACUCUGACCCGAGAGAGACAUUUGCCCCAAAGCUGGUGAUCCUGGAUUUCAGUGAUAUGGACAGCAUGGAGGAUGUAGUGACUGAGGUCAUGGAGUGCUAUGGCUACGUGGAUGUGCUGAUCUGCAACAGCAGCAUGAAGCUGAAAGCCCCCAUUCAGAGCGUCUCUCUGGAACUGGACAGAAACAUCAUGGACAUCAACUACUUUGGCCCGAGCACUCUCGCCAAAGGUGUUCUUCCGGCGAUGUUGUCAAGAAGAUCUGGACAGGUUAUACUGGUCAACAGCAUCCAGGGCAGACUGGCAGUCCCAUUCAGAAGCUCAUAUGCUGCCUCCAAACAUGCGGCGCAGGCCUUCUUCGACUGCCUCAGGGCCGAAGUGGAGGAGUACGGGAUUGUUGUCAGCACCAUUAGCCACACCUUUAUCAACGCCUCUGAGCCGCCACUUGCCGUGGAGCCAGCUCCAAAACAAAAUAUCCUGGCUGAAUAUAUUACCAGUCAGCUCAACCACGGUGUGCAGCCCUCAGUCCUGGCCAAUGAGAUUCUGCAGACGGUGAACAGGAAGAGGAAGGAGGUUGUGCUGGCCCACCCCAUCCCCAGGGUGGCCCUCUACCUCCGUUCCCUCUUUCCUCCCUUUCUCUUUGCUGUGCUGGCUGCUGGAGUAAAGGACUCCGUGUUGGCUGAGCAGAUACAGUAGAAGAAAAUAGAUGCUGAUGUGAAAUCUAGCAAAAGAUUGUUUGAAAAUGUCACACAUAAAAGUGAUUGUCCUGAAAGCUUCUCUUACUACGUGAUGCUUCCAGAUUUAAGUUUUGACUUUGACAAGUUUAGUGAUUGCGCUACAAACUGCUGGGUUAAAAAUACCUUAAUUUGAAUUAUUUUUAGAUUACUUUGCUAGCCUUGUCCCAAGUCAAAUAUGAACGAUCCAGCCCUUGGGACUGACUCAGCAUAGUUGGUUAUGUAUUAAAAAUAGAUUAAAGAGACCGACAUCUCAUUUUAGGGAAACCAUAGUGUUGUUUGAACCUAAUAACCUUUAUUACUAAGCAAUAUUUUGGGUAAACUGUAUGAUUGUCAUUUGUUUUAUUUUGUUCUGCAAUAACAAUCAACAGAUUCAAAAGGAUAAAGACAACAGCUUUAUAAUGUCUCAUAAGAUAUUUUGUGACAAACAACUAAACUUUCUGGAACAUGCCAGACACUUUCUGGAACUUUCUUCAAACUUACCAGAUAUUUCCCUUUAAAACGUUAGUGAACGUUUUCAGGUAUUUUCCCUGGAACUUUCAUGGAACAAACUGGUUACUUUCCCAGAACUAUAAGUAAGAACUAUAAGACUUUUAAAAGGGUUGUUAUUUCCCUGGAAGAUUCUUCCGAGAAAGAUUUAUGAAAGUUCCUGUUGAAGCCGCAAAACGUUCUGCAAUGUGCCUGGUAAGUUCCAGGACAAUUCAAUAAAGUUACCUUUUAGUUCUGAGAAUGUAUACCCCGAGUUAUAUAUUGCUAACUAAAAAUCUUACUGAGUACAAACGUGAAUGUUCAACAUAACAAUAUUUUAACUACUGCAGGUAAAAGCCAUGUUCUUUUAAAUGAAAACCUAGUUCUCUUGGCUGAACUGAGGUCUUCUACACAAACCUCUAACAUUAAUACAGUAUUACACACAGGAGCUAAGGUGAAGUCAGAUCAGGUCAUUUUUAAAUGGUGGUCUGUGAAGAAUGAUGAAACUCCUACUUCCCUCUUCUCUAACACCACAGAUGUUGACCCUUGUAGACUCAAAAGCAAAUACAAUAAAUUUUACUAAAUUGUUUUCACAUUUUCUAAUGUGAAAAAUGCUGUGUGUCUUUUUUUUUUUAAAUAGGUUAAUUGCUAACGUUUAUUUAUGAAUUUUAUUUAAGGCAAAGGGAAAAACACCCAUGUGAUGUCAGAACAACAAGGAAAAUAUACAACGGAACAUUUUUAGCUUAUAAUAGUGAGAAAAUUUAACUUUAAUAUGAGUUGACUUAAAUACAUGAGGCAAGUUUGUUGCUUUUAGUCUUACAAAUUUUCUUAUUUCCCUGGUGAAUGUGACAAACUCAGGACUAUUAUCAUCUGGUAAUGUUUACUCACGUUAUACACUUACUUGGUGAACAGUCAAUCACCAAGUAAAGCAGCCAGACGAAACAGUGCAAUUAGGAAAUAAUUAGCUAUGCAUGAAAACCUUUGAAUUUGCAAGAUGUGGUACCUUUAAAACUGCCCUAAGGUUUGGCAUCAUGAGUAGAGUGAUAAUGUUACCUUUGCAGUUGCUGCAGUGUCUGGCAGUCAAAACAGUGAAGGAAAUCAGAUACAGAGGAUUUCUUGUAGAUUAGAGGCCUCCAAAGGGGAUAAUAUUGACCAAAUACCAUGGGGGUGCACAACUGAAGAUGCUAAAGUUUCCAUGAAAAAAAACUACAUGAAAAAAAUUCUACUUAAGCAAAUUGUUUUAAAAGUGUAAGUUAUUAUACCGGAACCCAUCAGUAUUUUUCUGAAAAUGUGCAAUAAGAAAUGGUGUGUGUUAUCUGAUUUCCUUUCUUUGUACUUUUGGAGUAAAAUUGGAAAUAUACAUUUAGUUUGAAAGUUAAUAUUUUAAUUUUCUUCACGUAUAAAUUUUAAAUGGUAUGUUUUUUUUGGGCAGAAAAUGGUUGUAGUUCAUCCACUAGAUGGCAGCAGCACUUAUGACAGUUCAUGUUUUUUUUUGCCUCCCCUCUGCUUUGUGAUUCAAAGUGUCUCUGAAUUUAUCCUACUAUACAAGGAAAAAUAUAGAUAUAAUUGUUGAAACUGAAUCAAUAUUUAAAAUUUUUGUUGGUUAUAAAAUAAACAUAUACCCUAAUACUC